CAUAUAUAUCAUAAAUUAUGAGUAUUGUGCGUGUUUUGGAACAUCCAAUGUUGGGUUUGGGUAAUUUAACUGUUGAAGCUUUAUAGAGUAACCAGUUUUGUGAAUUUUGCAAAGUUCUUUGGGUGUUGGAAGAUUGCUCCUAAUUGCAUUUCAGAAAAUGGUGUCGAAUUUGAUAAAUCGUAAUUCGCGUAGGUUUCUCAAAUCUUCCCUCAUUUCCAUUGUUAAUCCUCUGAUUUCUACUCAACAAUUUGUAAACCAAAUCCAAAACCCUAGUUUAAACCUCUCACCCACUCCAUUCAAGCCUUCCCAGAUUCAGAAUUGUAAUUUUGAAUUUCAUGAAAGGCUUAGGUCUCUUUCGAAUUUCCAUAUUGUUGCACACAUCUCUACUUCACCAUCGCCGUCGAAUUUAGGAGAGGAAUCAAAGGAAAAGAGUGAUGUGAGUAGUAGUAGUGGUGGAGGUGAUGUUUCUUGGAUUGAAUUGUACUUGCCUAGGCAGAUUCAGCCAUAUGCACGGCUUGCUCGUGUUGAUAAGCCAAUUGGGACAUGGUUGCUUCUAUGGCCUUGUAUGUGGUCAAUUACCUUUGCCGCAACCCCAGGGAAUCUUCCUGAUUUUAAGAUGUUGGCCUUGUUUGGAUGUGGGGCUUUGCUUUUAAGAGGUGCCGGCUGUACUAUUAAUGAUCUCCUUGAUCGGGAUAUUGAUACAAUGGUUGAACGUACAAAGUUGCGACCUGUGGCAAGUGGUCUUUUGACACCAUUUCAAGGACUUUGUUUUCUUGGUUUUCAAUUACUUUUGGGUCUUGGAAUUCUUCUACAACUGAACAAUUAUAGCCGUGUUUUGGGUGCCUCAUCCUUGUUGCUUGUCUUCUCUUAUCCCCUCAUGAAGAGGUUUACAUUUUGGCCUCAAGCCUAUCUUGGGUUAACCUUUAAUUGGGGGGCCUUGUUAGGAUGGGCAGCAGUUAAAGGAAGCCUGGAUCCAUCUAUUGUGUUGCCACUUUAUGCCUCUGGAGUAUUUUGGACUCUUGUGUAUGAUACUAUCUAUGCACAUCAGGAUAAAGAAGAUGACCUGAAAGUGGGAGUUAAAUCAACAGCUUUACGCUUUGGUGAUUCAACAAAGGAGUGGAUUACUGGGUUUGGGAUUGCAUGCCUCGGUGGUCUUGGUGUCAGUGGUUUUAAUGCUGAAAUAGGCUGGCCAUAUUAUGCAUCUCUGGUAGCUGCAACUGGACACUUAGGCUGGCAAAUAUGGACAGUCGACCUUUCCUCACGCGCUGAUUGCAAUAGGAAAUUUGUCUCAAACAAGUGGUUUGGAGCUAUCAUAUUUGGUGGAAUUCUAGCUGGCAGACUUUCAUCUUAGGGGAACAUUUUGCCUCAUAGAGAAUAUAUAGACGCGCAAUAACAAUUUAUCAAACAUUGUGCGCAUACCAAAUCUGACGGUCCUAGGACGUUGUAUCUGAUUACUUUUUUAAUCUAUGGAAUAAUUUUUCAGAGAUAAUUAGUUUAUGGCGGAGUUUUACACAUUGCAUGUUGAAAUAUGUUCCUAUGGUUAUUUUUUUGGGAGUAACAGUUGAAACAAGGUUACUGACAUGAUAUUUGAGCACAGAAAAUAAAAUAAUAUUUCUCCAUUAUAUUCGUAUGAUAUGCACAGUUUUAU